AUGGCCUCCUCCCGUGUCUUCGCCCAGCGUCUGGCCUCCACCAUGGCCGCGACCACCAAGGUCGCUCGCCCUGCCGCUCGCCUCCAGCUUGCCCCCAAGCGCACCUUCACCACCCAGCGCAAGGCCGUCCCCAUGACCCCCUUCCAGACCGUCAAGCGUCAGUCUCCCUCCGGCCUCAUCCAGGCCAACGCUCGCCAGGCUUUCGCUGCCCAGCAGGCCCGCCGCCAGUACUCCUCUGAAAUCGCCGACGCCAUGGUCCAGGUCUCCCAGAACCUGGGUAUGGGUUCCGCUGCCAUCGGUCUCGGUGGUGCCGGUAUCGGUAUCGGUCUCGUCUUCGGUGCCCUCCUCCUCUCCGUCUCCCGCAACCCUGCCCUCCGUGGUCAGCUCUUCUCCUACGCCAUUCUUGGUUUCGCCUUCGUCGAGGCCAUUGGUCUGUUCGACCUGAUGGUUGCCAUGAUGUGCAAGUACGUUUAA